AUGGUGGACCUGUCAGAUGAAUUAUCACGUCUAAUAGAGUGCUCCCUCUGUUUGGAAAUUUGUAAAACGCCAUACAGACUGCCAUGUGAACACUUCUAUUGCAAGGAACCCUGUCUCAAGAAUUUGACCAAAACCGUACCCUCCCUCUGUCCGCUUUGUAGACAGGCCUUUACGUUGGCAGAGGCGCAACCCUUCCGUCUGCUUAACGACCUUCUGGAAAUGGUUCAGCAACCAAAGCAUGACAACCAGAACGACAAAGUAACAUUCACUGAGUUCGGUCGGCAGACUGACUCGCCACCGCAAGCAUUCGGAAAUUUCGGAAAACCAGUGUGUGAGGACCGCAGGCAGUUUGCAAACCUAAACCAGCAACUUCCAAAAUUCGACAAAAAACCGGAAACGUGUGAAACGGCUCGGAUCCCACAGUCUGACUGCGGAAAUAUCUGCUACUCUCUCACUUGUGCGGGUCCCAGCGUCUGCAAGUUGAUACACAUUGACGACUUAACCUUCUGCAGUACGACUGUCGCACAUCCAGCGGGGCCAAGUGGAAAUAAUAGGUCCCCUGGACAGUCCUGCGGGAAGAAAUCAACCAAUUCAUCGCAGUUUCCGCAGAAGGAAACGGCAGAGAAGAAUAAACCGACUAUCGUCACAGGCAAUGCGGCGGCGGAAGCGGCAGCAACAGUGACAAUCCGAUCUUCCGAAGAGCAGAACGCGUCUGUUCUAUGUACCAACCUCGCGUGUGAGGGUUCCGGCGUCUGCAAGUUGAUGCACGCUGAUGAUCUACUUUACGCGUCUGAGAAUCGAGGUCUCCCAACGAAACUGAAUGGAAACAGUACUCCAAUGCCUCCGCGACUGGAAAAACUAAAGAGUGAGAAGGCCUCGGAUGAUAAUUCGGAACUUUGUACCAACUUAUCUUGCAGUGGAAUGCCCAUGUGCCCGAAGAUACAUCUUUCCGAUGUCCUAAACCCUUCCUACGGUUACCGCAGCGGGCACGAGAGGCCCCUGCCUACUCAGCAACCAGCCCCUGCACGACCAACGUCGAUCUCGAAACCCGAGCCGGCGGGCAGAAAAGUGCAAGAGGGGGAGUUACCGGAGGUUGGACAGUUUUGCACUGACAUCACUUGUCGCGGUUCACGUGUGUGUUCCAAAAUCCACAUGAAUGAUUUAAUGGCUUGA